AUCUCUCAUUCGAAACGGACCUCUUAAAAUCGAACGGAUUUUUUUCCUUUUUGUUCAACAAAUAAUUAUUUUGCAGUUUAAAGAAGUAAUGUUGAACGUAACGUCAAAUAAACUCAAUUAACAGUCAAGUCAGGUGUUCAAAACUUGAAAAAAAUCUAAAAAAAAAAAUACAAAAAAAAAAUGGAAAACUUAGGAUACAAAGAAGGUUCAAUGAAACCCAAGGCAAAGCCUUUACUCCAUCGACGCGUAUCUAAAGCAGUGAGUUUACAAAUCGAGAAUGAAGCUGUUCCCCUGUCACUUACCACAAGAUUCAAGACCGUGCCAAACAGCGUUCGUUGGCGCCCCGAUCCCAACAGUGUCAUCGACGAAAAUUACCCGAGCAAUCAUGUGUUGGAUGUGGGUUCGUCGCCUCCUGCGGAAAGUGCUCCCAGCAUGUAUGACAGCUUCGAGGAGCCAUCUGUCGAUUUGAGCAUCAUGAUUUGCGGCGAAACAAUUCGUGCGAGUAUUACGGACCAAAUGAAGUCUGUGGGCGGACGACAACAACUUCUCGACGACAUCGAGCAAGGAAAUGUGAUUAAAGAGAAUUUGCGUGAAGCGUUCGAAGAUGCCACGAAAUCCGAGAAGAAUUUAUGUCUUCUGUGGGCUGCUUUUCUCAAACGAUGGGAUUUGCUGGAAGGACUUAUCGAGGAAGGCGCUGACUUGCAAUACGUCGAUUCGAGUGGCAUCACGGCACUGCACUUGUCUGCGUUCAGCGGAUGCCUCGCAUCGACGAGUUUCUUCAUCGAACGCGGCAUUCACGUGAAUUCGUUGCCAAAGUAUUUCACGCCGUUACAUUUCGCGGCAUACGGCAACUCGCCGGAAACAGCAAAACUCCUUAUUAACAACGGAGCUGACGUGAAUUUGGAUACGACGAAGCAGAAUUGUGAGGAAUCCUUGUUGCAUUGUGCUGUACGAGCAAAUGCCGUCGAUUGUGUGAGACUUUUCGUCAAAGAAGGCGUCGACGUAAACUCUUUAAAACCCAACGGGACAAACGGAAUUCAUUUGGCAGCUGAUUUGGGACAUGCUGAAUGUCUUGCGUCGUUGCUGGAAGCGGAAAAUGCCGAUCCAAAUAUCAGAAUUUGUGUGCGCGAGAAAGAAUCUACCGCCUUACAUCUCGCCGCAGACGAAGGAAAUGCCGAAUGUGUCAAUUUACUCUUGAGCAAAGGUGCUGAUGCAAAAAUGAAGAAUCAUCGUGGCUUCACGGCGUUACAUCUCGCUGCGAGAACAUCGAGUUUCGAUUGUGUCGAAGCCUUGCUACGUGUUGGAAAUGCGGAUCCGAAUGCCGAAGACUUUGAUCAUCGAACGCCGUUACAUGCCGCAGUCGGAAAAGCUGAAAGCGCCUUCGAUAUCUUGGAAGUACUGAUUCAAUGGGGUGCCGAUGUCAAUCGUAAAGACAUUUAUGGCUUCACUCCGUUGCAUCUUGCGGCUUUGGAUGGCUUGUCACACUGCGUAGAAAUGUUAAUCUUCCAUGGAGCUGAUGUAACGACAAAAAGUAAAAAAGGUACGACAGCUUUGAAUGUCAUAACGCGCAAAACGCCCGCUUCGUUGGCGAUGGUGACACAACAAUUGGAUGCCGCGAUCACAAUGACGCAUGCCCAAGAGACAAAUAAUCAUGAAAUUGAGCUGCAACUCGACUUUCGUCACAUCUUGCAAUUUUGUCAUCCGCGGGAAAUUAGUUACUUGAACACCUUUGUCGAUGAAGGACAGAAGGAAAUCUUGCAACAUCCCCUUUGUACGGCCUUUUUGUACAUCAAAUGGGGCAAAAUCCGUAAAUAUUACAUCGCAAGGUUGUUAUUUUGUUUCACGUUCGUCCUAUUUCUCACGUUGUACGUGUUAACGGCAUUGGCGCACAAUUGCUACAACGGCAGCAAAGACAUGGAAGAGACGAUUCAGGAGCAAGAAUUGUGCCAAAAACAGUCAAUUUUGGGAGAUAUGUUGCGAAACAACCCUUUUGUCAUGGAAAUGCAAUGGUGGGUGCUUGUCGCUAUCACUCUCGUCGAAAUUUGUCGCAAAAUCUACGGAAUUACGGGAUAUUCCUCCGUUCGACAUUACGUCUGUCAAAUUGAAAACUUGAUAGAAUGGUUUGUGAUCCUCAGUGUCUUUGUAAUUUCCUACAUUUACGGCAAUCGAACGUACACAUGGCAAAAUCACAUCGGCGCCUUUGCAGUUUUACUCGGAUGGACCAAUAUGAUGUUGAUGGUAGGACAACUUCCGGUCUUCGGAGCUUAUGUGGCGAUGUAUACGAAAGUUCAGGGCGAAUUUGCGAAACUUUUUAUGGCUUAUUCGUGCAUGUUGGUCGGAUUUACCAUCAGUUUCUGUGUAAUAUUUCCUUCGUCAUCAUCUUUCGCGAAUCCUUUCAUGGGAUUCAUUACCGUUUUGGUUAUGAUGACGGGCGAGCAAGACCUUGAACUGCUAAUUAACGAUCCAGAUGGCAAAGAUCCCCCAUUUUUGCUGGAAAUCAGUGCGCAAAUCACUUUUGUUCUAUUUCUGCUCUUCGUCACGGUGAUUUUGAUGAAUCUUCUUGUCGGUAUUGCCGUUCACGAUAUCCAAGGUUUAAAGAAAACUGCGGGAUUAUCAAAACUAGUUAGACAAACGAAGCUUAUUUCGUACAUUGAAUCAGCUUUGUUCAAUGGAUGGUUGCCAAAUUGGCUUCGGAGCCUCUUGUACUACACAGCACUUGUGUCGCCGCAAGCUUAUCGCGUAGUUCUGAGCGUGAAACCGUUAAAUCCGGGCGAGAAACGAUUGCCACGUGAUAUCCUAAUGGCUGCUUAUGAGAUCGCCAAGCAUCGCAAGCCAACGGGACAUACUGUGGUACAGCAAAAAAAUCCCCAAUCGAAUUACUUUUCGUACAAAACAAAGUAUAACAAUAAUAAUUUAUCGACAAUUAUCAUGGAUCGCGAUCAAGAUUGCUACGAAACGGACAGUAUUUGUACGUUAACAACGAAAAUCGAGGAAAAUGCGGAUAAAAUCGACAAAUUAUCGAACGAGAUCAAGGAAUUGAAGAGUGCCUUAAACCAAAAUCACAAAGUCAUUGAGCAACUUCUCACGAUUAUUUCGAAUCAGCAUAAAAAUAACUUCAAACAAUGAAGCGAGACGUAUUAUUUUAUUUCGUUAUUUGUGAUAUUAAUGUUUAACUAAAGUAUUGAAUAAGGGACGACACACGAGCGACGUGUAAAUAAGUAUUUUUUCUGUUUUUUUGUAAAUAAUAACAACAUUUCAUGGGAAAAUUACCACAAAAAAAAAAAUUUAAUCAGAUUAGGAAGAAUGAUGAACUUUGUAUUAUUUUAUGUAUUAAAACGUAGUGCUAGUAGGAAAGAAAUGUCUGUGAGUCAGAGUAUUAGCUUAUCAAAUAAAUAUUUUAUUAAGAAAUUGCGUCUUUAGAACCUUUUUAUCAUUUUCCCCCUUCUCUUCACAAAUAUGCUCGAUAAAGUGGAUAUUGUAGCAAAUGUUGCCGGCGGAGGACCCUCGGGACAAGCAGGAGCCAUCAGAUGGGGCAUUUCCAUGGGCUUGCGAUGCUUCGUGGACGAAGAA